GUGUACACUUCAAACCGAGGUUAACAGUAUUUGAACCGCAGAGCAGCACGAAGAAGAGAAACGAGGAAAACAGGACAUAAGCUGAUCUUCUGUCCACUGAGAAAAUGGACACGCGGUUCACUCGAGGCAAGUCCAGCAUCCUGGAGCGGCCCCUGACCCGACCCAAGACCGAGGUCAGCGUGAGCGCCUUCGCCCUCCUGUUCUCCGAGAUGGUCCAGUACUGUCAGAGCCGGGUGUACUCCGUGUCCGAGCUGCAGACCCGGCUGGCCGACAUGGGCCACAGUGUGGGAGCCAGCAUGCUGGACGUGCUGGUGCUGAGGGAGAAGAAUGGGAAGAGGGAGACUAAGGUUCUGAACAUGCUGCUCUUCAUCAAGGUUAACGUGUGGAAGUCCUUAUUCGGGAAAGAGGCUGAUAAGCUGGAGCAGGCCAACGAUGAUGACAAGACGUAUUACAUCAUCGAGAAGGAGCCGCUCAUCAACGCGUACAUCUCUGUGCCCAAAGAGAACAGCAGCUUGAACUGCGCUGCGUUCACUGCAGGCAUCGUGGAAGCCAUCCUCACACACAGUGGUUUCCCGGCCAAGGUCACCGCCCACUGGCACAAGGGCACCACGCUCAUGAUCAAGUUCAACGACUCGGUCAUCGCCAGGGACAAGGCUUUGGACGGCAGAUAAAACACGACUGGAGACACUGGUUUUUGUUUUUGUUCAUCAGUACAGGAUGAGGAUAAGUCAUCCAGGUCCCGUCUUGUGUUAAAGUGUAGCUGACUGUGGAUGAUAUUGUUUCUGGUAACUGAUGUGAUGAUGAAUGGAUCUCUGCAACGUACUGAGCCACACCUACAGCAGAGAAGGUGCAGCUGAUUGGUCCAAACUUCCAGUUUUCUGUGGAUCUUCUCACUCUUCACCUUCUCAACGUCCAUACAUUUGUUUACCUUGCAUAGCUUUUCAUGUGUAGCUCCAUGUGAGCUAAAGAAAAUACAAAAGUUUGAAAUUUCAGGUGAAACAGUGUGAUUGUUGCUUCAUUGUAGAUCCGUGUGCAGCCCCCCCCCCCUAUCUCUCUCUCUCUCUCUCUCUCUCUCUCUCUCUCUCUCUCUCUCUCUAAGUUUACAAUAAGUUUCUGAUAUCCUUCAUAAUCCUGACCCCUUCACCACAGAUAUACUUCUGUGGGAAGCACUAACAAAUAAGAAUAUGAUUUAAUAUACAUUUCUGUCAAUGGAUCCCCUUCCAAAUCCUUCACACUGGUCCUUUAAUUAAAUAUCAUGAACCAGGCCCUGUUAAACUACUUUUAGACUUUAAAGCGUCUAAACUACGAAUCAUUAAUCAAAUAAAAACAACAGAAUGUUGUUCGCUGCAAUUGACACAAAGGUGGUUGGACAUGAAUCUGAAUAAAAAAUAACCUUCUUAAUGUUGGCCAAUUAAUUUUCCUGGUGUCGACAGUCAAAGUUUUGUUUUCUCGUUCACUCCAGUUUAACUCAACUCUCAAGUUUCAUCUCUGUGAAAUAGAUUCACAGUCUGGUGCAGAUCCUUGAUGACACUGAGGUCCUCACUGUGUAUUAUUAUAUUUGUAUUAGUAAUAUUUAGAUUAAUGUGUGCAUGCAUGCAGAAAUUGAGGGUUUAACGUGGGGGAGUUUCCAUUCCACAAAUAAAAGACUUCAACAU